AUGGGUGGGGGAAGAAGAAAAUCGCAGGAGGGAGAAGAAAUCGCAUGGGGUGGGGGAAGAAAAAAAUCGCAGGGGGAUGGGUUCUGGGUUCGUAGGGUUGGAGGGUGGUUAUGGGGGAAUGCAUUCUCUGAUUCUCUGAGAUCCGCCAUGGGUGGGGGAAGAAGAAAAUCGCAGGAGGGAGAAGAAAUCGCAUGGGGUAGGGGAAGAAGAAAAUCGCAGGGGGAUGGGUUCUGUGGCUUUUGGGUUCGUCGUGGCUGGGUUCUGGGUUCGUAG